AUGCUGCGACUCUCUAGACGGGUUGCGGUCGGCCAUGGAAAGACGAUCCGGUUUGGCGGUGAGGCGCGGGAGCGGAUGCUGAACGGCAUUGAACGCAUCGCCACUGCCGUCGGCGUUACGCUCGGCCCAAAAGGGCGGAAUGUUAUCAUCCGCCAGCCGACGGGUGAGCCAAAGAUUACGAAGGAUGGCGUUACGGUCGCACGCUCCAUAGAGUUCAAUGAUCAGUUCGAGGAUGUCGGCGCGCGCCUUAUCCGGCAGGUCGCCGGCAGGACGAACGACGUUGCUGGCGACGGCACCACCACUGCGACUAUUUUGGCAUGGAGCAUUUUUGAGGAGGGUUACAAAAGUGUGGCAACUGGGGCCAACCCGAUGGACCUCAAGCGUGGUAUUGAUAUCGCCGUUUCUGUCAUCCUGGAAAGUUUGCAGAAGCAGAAGCGGCCGGUAAAGGAUUUGGCGAUGUUGGAAAAUGUGGCGACUAUCAGUGCAAAUGGUGAACGUCCACUUGGACAUCUGAUCGCCGGCGUUGUGCAAGCAGUCGGUGUGAGUGGCUACAUCUCCGUGUUGGAUGGAAAUGCCGCCGCAACUGAGUGGAAACGCUACGACGGCUGGAGCAUUGAGCAGGGCUUUGUGUCGAGUGCACUGGUGACAGAUACGGCGGAGCUCAGAAGUCGCCUCGAUAACCCCUUUGUAUUCGUCACACCGCAGAAGGUGGAAGGCGUUGGGGAUAUCAUAUGCCUCCUUGAGACGGCGAAAACAAGUGGUAGAUCCCUCGUUAUUGUGGCGCCAGGCUUUUCAGAGCCGGUGCUACAGACAAUCUAUCACAAUCACGUACACAAGGUUGUGCUAUGUGGUGUUGUUUGUACACCUGACCUUCCGGAGGAGGAGUUGCACGACCUCGCCGCGUGCUGCAACUGUGUUGUGGAGAAGGUCACAUCGAUUGGGCACGUGGAUGACGUGAAGUGUCUGCUGGGAACGGCAGAACGCAUGGAGCAGACGAUGGACAGCACCGUCAUUGCCGGAGUGGCGGACGUAGCGUCGCGUGUGCGGGUGCUGCAGGGUCGUCUGGAGCGUGCUUUGACUGAGGAGGCAAAAGAGAAACUUCGAGAACGCGUCGCAAAGUUAAAGCGUACAUUCGCUGUGAUUCGCGUUGGGGGGCGGUCUUCUGUGGAGAUCAGCGAAUCAAAGGAUCGUGUUAUUGAUGCGCUCAACGCCUCCCUCAACGCCCUUGCAGAUGGGAUUGUCGCCGGUGGUGGUGCGGCCCUCCUUCACGCCUCUAAGGAUUUGGAUAAGAUUCUGCAGUCGGACGAGGAGAUGGAGCAGGAUCGGAGAACGGGAAUCCUCAUUGUGCGUAACGCAGCUCGUCUUCCGAUGAAGCUUAUCAGUGAAAAUGCGGGUGAGGAGGGUCCCGUCACUGUGGAGAAUGUCUCCGAAUAUGAAGACACCUCCAUGGGUUAUGAUGCACAAAACGAUCAGUAUGUAGACAUGUUUGAAGCUGGCAUCAUUGAUCCCGUAAAGGUGGUCACUUCAUGUAUGGUUGACGCGGCGUCUGUUGCAGGCCUGAUGAUUACGACGGAAGCCAGCGUCUGUGACUUCAAAGAAGAGUAA